AUGGAAGACCGCAAAUCAGUGGAUAUGGAGGUUGCUCCACGUACAUUGAUUGCGAAGAAAUCGAUGUGGCAGUCUAUUUUUGACAAUCCCAAAGUGCUCUUCAUCGCCUUUUUCGCCUCAUUCGGUGGUUUCGAAUAUGGUUACCAGCAGGGUGUUCUCGGCCAGUCCUUGGUCAUGACUCGAUUUACAGAGAACUUCCCAACAGUCGUCGCCUCAUCUACAGCAACAGGCUGGUUAACCUCAGUUCUCCAACUGGGAGGAAUUGUCGGAUCUCUAAGUGCCGGUAUCCUUGGUGAAAUCUUCUCUCGAAAGUAUACCAUGUUCUUCGCCUGUUGUUGGGUUAUCUUGGGAAGUUAUCUCUAUGUUGGAGCUACCGCUGGUAACCCCUCCUUGCUUUAUGCAGGCCGCUUUUUCACUGGUCUUGGUGUUGGUCUCUUCAGUGGUGUUGGUCCAUUGUAUAAUGCCGAAUUGGCUGCCCCCGAGAUGCGUGGCCUUCUUGUCUCAUUCUACCAGUUUGCCACUAUUCUGGGUAUUAUGAUCUCUUUCUGGGUUGGUUAUGGAAGCAACAAUAUUGGCGGAACAGGCGAAAUACAGUCCGAUCUGGCUUGGCGUCUUCCUUCAAUUAUUCAAGGUAUCCCUGCCGUGUGUCUUGCCUGUGGUAUUUGGUUUAUGCCAUUCUCGCCCCGUUGGCUUGUGAAGCAGGGUCGCGAUGAAGAGGCACAGGCUACUUUGGCUUGGAUGCGAAAGCUCCCUGUUGAGCAUGAGCUUGUUCAGGUCGAGUACCUGGAGAUCAAAUCCGAGGCCCUCUUCGAGGAGCGAGCUUUUGCCAAGGCGUUCCCGAAAUUGGCUGAAACUGAAAACAAGAGCAUCUUCAUGAACCAAAUCGCGCAAUAUGCCAAUUGCUUUCGGUCUAUGGAUAACUUGAAGCGCGUGGCGACUGCUUGGUUGAUUAUGUUCUUCCAGCAGUGGAGCGGUAUCGAUGCCAUCAUCUACUACGCAUCAAAUGUGUUUGUUAGUCUUGGUUUGACUGGUGGUACUAUUGCUCUUCUUGCAACUGGUGUGACUGGUGUUGUUUUCAUCAUUAGCACAAUCCCGGGAAUGCUUGUUAUUGAUAAGAUUGGUCGUAAGCCAAUGCUUCUGGGUGGAUCCGUUGUGAUGUUCUGCAGCAUGGUGAUUGUCGGUGUCAUUGUGGCGAAAUUCCAACACGAUUGGCCAUCCCAUGUGGCGGCUGGUUGGACUGCUGUUGGUCUCAUUUGGCUCUAUAUCGCAGGAUUUGGAGCUACCUGGGGUCCCGUCUCAUGGACCCUGGUCUCGGAGAUCUUCCCUCUAUCUAUUCGUGCCAAGGGCGCCUCGAUCGGUGCCUCAAGUAACUGGAUCAACAACUUUGCCAUUGCCUUCUUUGUCCCUCCUAUGCUGCAGGCGUGGGAGUGGGGCACCUACAUUUUCUUUGCGGUAUUCCUGGCUGUUGGUAUUGUCUGGGUUUGGUUCUUCUUGCCGGAGACCAAGAAUGCUUCUCUCGAAGAGAUGGAUCGUGUCUUUGGAAGCAAUACCGGUGAGCGAGAUGCGGAACUUAUGCGCGAGGCACAGCGCGAUGUUGGUUUGAUCUCCUUCGUUGAGCGCAUGGGUGCUGCGACAGGUCGUGACUUGGAGAAGAAGGAUGGAGCUCAGUACAUUGAGGCAGUUUAA